AUGGCUGCACGCAAGUCGGCACCCUCACUGCCAACGGCCCUGAAUGCUGUCAACACGGCACCAAAUCCACGCACUGGCCGUGGACAAGGCUUGCGCCAUCACCAGAAGGUCCUACGUGACAAUGUUCAGGGAGUCACUAAGCCCGCCAUUCGUCGCCUCGCCCGCCGUGGCGGCGUCAAGCGUAUCUCUGGCGACAUCUACAGUGGAAUUCGCGUUGCUCUGAAGCAACGCCUCGAAGAACUCAUCAAGAGAGCGGCUCUCAUCGUCGAGGUUUCGAACCGUAAGACCGUCACCACUAUUGACGUUGUGUACGCUCUGAAGCAGUAUGGCGCGACCAUCUACGGCUUCGAGAGAGAUUGCGGAUACCGCGUGAUUUAG